AAAUUUUUAUUAUUUAUAAACUUAAAUGAUACAUGUAGGUUGUAUGAUAAAGGCCACAAAAUUGUUGGAGUUGAAUAUUGUGAAAAAGCAAUAAAGGACUUUUAUGAAGAACAAGGCUUACAAUAUGAAGUUGAAAAUGUUGAAAGUGUGAAAGGAAAAUUGUUUAAGACUUCUGAUGACAAUAUCAAAAUAUUUUGUUGUGAUAUCUUUUUAUUUAACAAAGAAUAUGCUGGUUUAAUGGAUGCUGUUUGGGAUCGUGGGGCUUUUGAAGCUGUUGAAAAGGAAGACAGGAAAAGAUAUGUUGACUUGAUACUAUCUCUUCUUGCUCCAGGAUACCGAUAUUUGCUUUCAGUUUUUGUUUAUAAUGAUUGGUUUUAUUCAGGUUAUCCAAGAAAUGUUCCUGAUAACUUAGUGCAUUUUUUAUUUGGUAAUUAUCAAAUAUUUUAAUAUAUUUAAAAUAUG